CGUGGCAACGCUUAGUUUGCGCAGCUUCAACCUCGCCCCAAGUCAUCACCACUUGCAGUAUUGCUCUAAGCCCGGCUGCCCACUUCCAGCUUUCCAUCAGGCGCCAGCGUGUUGCCCGUAAAGGGGUCGACGCAACCAGCCAUGGCAAGCCCAUCUCCCUCAACCAAGAUCGGCCUGGACGCCCGUGCAGCUGAGCUCAAGCAAAAGCUGCUAAGGGGCCGCAGCCAGAACCAGAGCCCAAACCGGAUCCAGCCCCUCCAGAGCCCCAGCCAGCCGUCAAGCGACGCUGCUGAUGCGGCGGGCGCCAAUGUCUCUGCUACUGCUGCGACUGCUGCUACUGCUGCUCCUCCUGUUGCCUCCACUCCAUCGGCGGUGUCCUCCCAGCGGAACCCUUCUCUACUGAGCCGUCCGUCAACGGAGAGUGGCACGGCCACCAGCUUCGUACCCCAUGAAGUGCCCCGGCUGCCGGCACCGACUUCAGUUCCCGCUAAUGCGCAAGACAUCGCAGCCUUGAUUUCGUCCAUCUCCUCUGCUGCUGCCUGCGAGAUCCCUGGCCUGAACAUCAAUGGUUCGAGCUCAAGCAGUGAUAUGCAGAAACCGCCGGCGCAACAAGCUGCUCCCGUGGAGGGGCAGCCCUCACACUCACUUCCUCCCAAACCACCCCCCAAGGUGACCAUCCCGAUGCCGAAAAUGGCGUCUGUUACCGCUCAGAGCAAACUGGCCCAUCAGCCCAAGAGCGAGAACAUGGCAUCCGACAAGAUUCCCCCCAAAGAAACAGACCGCACAAAAAAUGCAUCUCCCGAGGAAGGAGAGAUCACAAGCAUGACAAGCCCAGCUACAACUGCGUCGCUUCCCAACUGUCGCCAAUCCACAACCGCUCGAGACGAGAUCGUUCCGGCCCCUACAAAGCCGCCUGCUCCCGACUUGCCCCGUCGUGAAAGCGGGACCAAAUCUCAAGAAACGGCUUCUAACGCGCCUACUCAGCGUCUUGAUACGGCUGCUGUUCCGAAAGCAGCUAGUAACAGCAACGCCGACGCCAACGCCAACGGCCGCCUGCUUGCCGUUAGCGGCAAGGAAGCGGGCCAAAAGUUAUCUAACGGGCCGUCUGAAUCCGCCUUGUCUCAGGACACUUUCACUCGGCUGCUAGCCCAGGUUCCUGACCUUAAAGACUGGCUUGACAUGACUGACUACUACAAUGUGGAGGCCCGCGCAAGAAAACUCGACCGCUUCCGGAGAGCAAAGGCGCUUGCGGCAGAAAAGCUAAGAAUCGAGGAGGAAGAGAGGAAGCUUAUGGAGGAAGAAGAGCUGGAGAUGGGGCUGCACCGGUCAACCGUUGCCCGGCUUAGUAGCGCGGUAUCUAGCGCACCUGCGAGCUCGCAGACGACUCCUCGUCCCAGCCUAUUGACCCCCAUCACGCCGAAGCCCACGGCCGACACUCGGGACGCUCCGCAGGUCCAUCCUGUCAAGAGAGCGCACGAGGAAGAGAGCACCGAGGCUCGCCAGGAGAAGAUGCCGCGGCUUGAAUCGCUGCCCUUCCGCUCCGGGGAGUCUAACAGCAAAUCGCGGGACGGCCAAGGCCGUGAUGAACGCCCCGACGUCUCUCGCCCCUCUGGGUUUGACAAGACUGAUACACGGCCACGGGCCGAUAGCCGAGACCCAUCACCGCACCGACGGCCGUAUCCGCCGUCACCUCGCCGAUAUGACUACCGUCGGAGUCCGCCCCCACGGCCACGAGAGUACUCACCUCACCGGCAAACUCGUCGGAAUUACGAAGACUAUGGCGGCUACGACGACCGUCCGCGCAGGUACAGCCAGUACAAGAGCGAUAGAACGACGUACCCAAUCCGCGUCGACCUGGGUCAGAAGGGCGACACCCGCUUCUUCAUCGUAAAGUCCUUCAACGAGGAGAACGUCCGAAGUUGCAUGGAAGACUCACUCUGGACUACUCAAGUUCAGAAUGGUCCGACCUUUUCCGAGGCCUUCGCCAAGUGCAAGAACGUAAUCCUGUUCUUCUCUGUAAAUAAGAGCAGAGCCUUUCAAGGAUAUGCGCGCAUGGCGUCCGCGCCCUCCCCCGACACCCCCAGCCCCAGAUGGCUGCGCGGCCUCCACUUGGACACCAGCGAUCCGUUCCGCGUGCAGUGGCUCAGCAAAAAGUCGGUCAGCUUCUACCGCAUCGGCCACCUCAAGAACUCAUACAACGAGAGCUUGCCGGUGCUCGUCGGCAAGGACGGCCAGGAGAUCGAGCCCGAAUGCGGCGCCGCGCUGCUCAAGGAGAUGGAGGCGGCGGCCCUGGAGGAGAUCGAGGCUGCUGCUGCCGCCGCCGGCGGCCAUCCGCCCCGCCGGGAGAGCGGCGGCUACCACGCUGGCCCGGCGUACUCGGGCUACCACGGCUAUCGCAGCAAACGGUUCAUCGACAGGGAGCCAUCGGUUGAGCGGAGAUAGGCGCGCUCGCUUUAUAGUCGGCGUAGUAACCUCGCGAUGCGUUUAGAGCAGUAUGUUUUUCCAGAUAGGGCUGUGUAGGCUUCGCGUCCUGUACG